ACAGUAGUAAUAAUAGUAAUAAUGUAAAGUAGAUUACUUUUACUAGAGGAAAUCAUAAAAAAAAUUCUUGAAAAAGUAUCAUUUUUUAAUACAAUUUUUUUAAAGAAAAUAAAGUUUUCUUAAAAAUUCGAAAAAGCAAGAUCUUAGAUUAAACCUUCGUCUUUAAAAUGAGAUCUUGUUCAUCAAAAUCGGUCAAGAAUUAUGCCCAUUCUCAUCGUUGGUGUAAGUCAUUAUACAGUCAAAGUUGAAUAGUCUUAAUAAAGUUUUGUCUACCCGCCGCGUACUUUAUACGUGUUGCCCUCUAGCCUAUUCUAGAGGGCGACAGUAAGGAUGUAACAUUCAUACUUUAUACCAUGUGCUCGGUAUAGUUAAUAUUAAUUUAGAAAGUUAUAUCUUAAAUUAAUUAAACAUUACGUUAUUUACAUGUUAAAAUGUCGUUUUUUAUAAGAAACAAUCGAGUUAAGGGAGCAUAUAAAAGAAAAUAUAAUGGACAUUUUGAAAAUAGAGAUAAAAGUACAUUUACUUCGAAAGGAAAGAAAAAAAAUGUAAAAAAGUCUAUACCCACUGACAAUGAGAGUAUAUCUAGUAAUGACGAAGAACUUGCAGAAGAAAAUGAAAAAUUACCAGAGUUUGAAAGUGAAUCAGAAAAUGAAGAAACCGUUCAGGAAAAACGUAUUAGGCUGGCUAAAAAAUAUCUUCAACAAAUUGAGGAAGAAGAGAAAGAUAGAGCAGAAUUUGAGGAAGGAGCAGUUGCAAGAAGAUUAAAAGAUGAAUACUUGGAAGAAAAGGGAUGCCUUAGAAAAAUUGUAGCAGAACGUUAUAUUGCUCAUGAAGAUCCUAUAAUGUUGAGAUGUAAAGCUCAUAAAGAUUCUAUUACGUGUUUAUGUAUUUCUAAUAAAGGGAACAUUUUAUAUUCAAGUUCUAAAGAUGGUAGUUUAGUUAAAUGGUCAUUAAAGGAAAGAACUAAAUUAAAAAUUAUAAAAGGAAAAAGAAAAGGACAGGAUGGAAUGAAAUCAAUUAAUUGUAUGGCAAUUAGUACUGAUGGCAAAUUUUUGGUUGUUGGAGAUGGUGGUUGUAAAGAUAUCAAAGUAUUUUGUGGGGAAAGUUUAAAUCUUUUAAAAAAUUUACAAGGACAUAGAGGUAUAAUAACUGGUUUAAUAUUUCGAAAAGAUACUCACACACUUUACUCUGCAUCUGAAGACAGAAGCAUAAAAGUUUGGAAUUUAGAUGAUAUGGCAUAUGUUGAAUCUUUAUUUGGACAUCAAAAUGGUAUCACAUCAAUUGACGCUUUAUCAAGAGAACGCGCUAUAACUAGUGGUGGAUAUGAUGGAACUAUUAGAAUUUGGAAAAUUGUAGAAGAAUCGCAAUUAAUUUUUAAUGGUCAUUGUGGCAGCAUAGAUAUUGUUAAACUUAUCAAUGAAGAGAACUUUUUUAGUGGUGGAAAUGAUGGCUCAUUAUGUGUAUGGUGUUGUUUAAAAAAAAAACCUUUAUGUUGUGUACCCGAGGCUCAUGGAAAAGAUGAAAAUAAUGGGCAACCAAAAUGGAUAUCGAGCAUAGCAACGCUUUUGAAUACUGAUUUAGUAGCAUCUGGUUCUCAAAAUGGAGAGAUCAAAUUGUGGCGGUGCGGUGAUUCGUUUAAAUCAUUACAUCCAUUAUUUACAAUAAAAUUAGUCGGGUUUAUAAACUCACUGGUAUUUACACCAGAUGGUAAUAAUCUGAUUGCUGGUGUUGGUCAAGAACACAAGCUUGGUAGAUGGUGGCGUAUACCAGAAGCCAGAAAUUGUAUUGUUAUUAUACCAUUAGUCCAAAAUAAAACAAACAAAUAAUAUAUAUUA